AAACUAAAGGAACUGACCUACAUUCACGCUGAGGGCAUCAUGACCGGUGAACUCAAACACGGACCCCUGGCCAUGGUGGAUAAAGAUACGCAGGUGAUCAUGGUGCUCACCCGUGACCGUCUGUAUGAGAAAACCCUCAACGCUCUGCAUGAAGUCAGUGCCAGACAGGGACAACCGAUUGUCAUCUGCAACGAGCCUGACGCGCACGCGAAAAACCUCAGCCGGCGCAACUUUGUGAUCCCCCAGACCGUGGACUGUCUGCAGAGCAUUCUGGCCAUCAUUCCGCUGCAGCUGCUGGCCUUCCAUAUUGCCGUCUUGAAAGGCCUCGAUGUACGUUAA